AUGGUUUUGGGCGUAGAUCUGAAACGUUUCACACCAGAAAAUACUGAAAAGCCACACAUGAUGCCCGAGACAUUACUAGAAAAGCCAUAUCUCAAUUUAUACUUUGUCAAUUGUGAUGAUAAUGAAAUAUACCGUCAAACUGUUCGCCAGAAAAUUCGCGAUUGGGUCAAUAUUGUUACUGCUCCCUUAAAGAAAAAUCAAGAAUGGUUGAUAGUUUAUGUGACAAAACAAGAAACUCUUCGUGCUGCUAGAUAUUUUAAUAUGAAAGGAACAGUCUUUGAUAAAAUUAAAACUGAUUUUAAUGCUUCCAGGCGUGAUAGGCAAGAAGGAUUGGCUUUAACAUUUGAAGUUUUUAAUUUGUAUGAGGAGGCCUUAGUUCAAUACGAUGAAUUAGAAGCUUCUUUUUUCCAACAUCAAGCAAAUGUUGGUGAGCAUUUCUUGGAAUCAUGGAUUUAUUCAUCAUGUAUGAGUGUGGUCAGCGAAUGCGAAGAAUUGGCCCCAUUAACUUCCUUGGAUGAAUCUACUUCGAGUGCAUUCAAUGCUGCUAAAGGAGAGCUAUUGGAUUUGGCUAGGAAGCAGCUUGAUAAGUUAGGCAUUCAUUAUGGCCAUUUACCUGCCGCACUUCCAUUUACUACCGCUUUAGAUGAAGUAUCACUUCCAACAUCUCCAGCUUCUCCAUCUUCAGAGAGUGAAUCAAAAAAAAAAUUCUCGAUAACCAAUGAGGAACUGAAGGGAGCUAUUGAAUCAGAAGAUUCCGCUGCUUUUGAUUUAUUGUACUUAAGUGCAUCACAGCUGAUGGAAGAUUUACCAUGUGCUUAUGGUGAACAAGGGUGGACUGUUGUUGAAAAUAGUCUUUUAUUCAAGUAUGCUGAAUGUCAGAAAGAAUUGGAAGAAGCUAUUUUUUAUAUGGAAGAAGUGAAAAAAUUGUGUGGAUCUCUUGAAAAAGACGAAGAUAUUGUUAGGCCCUUUAAACCAAUGUUUCUAGUCACAGUAACAGAUAUAGUCGACGAUAUAACAGAUGCAGAUGGACCAUAUUUGGCGAUGGACAUCACGUUAAAUGGAAGUAUUCCGGUACGAAUUCUUGAAACAUCCCUGGCUCCGUCAAAGGUGUAUGAUGUGGUGGAUGACCCAGCUGUAUCGACACCGGUUAUAGUGGAGAAAUAUAUUGAGCAUACUUUAAAUAAGAUUUUGAAAGCCAGAAAUUUAUUACAACAUUCACGGUUCCUUCUCGAGAAUGCUAAAGAACAUUUACUUAAAUCAGUAGACUAUGUCUCAUAUGGAAUGUCAGAUAUAUUAGAUUUGGGUGAAUUGGAUGUUUCGCAGUCCGUUUAUGAUGACAUUGCAACUGUUGCUAAUCAUAUCAAAUCCUCAAUAUCAUUUCCUGUUGAUGUACCUUCAUCUAAAGUGCUAAAUACUGUGGAAUUGAUUAUAUCAAAACCUAAUGAUUUGGUAGUUGGAGAGCCAUGUCAUUGUCGCUUGAUUAUUCGACAUUCAUCAUACUGGAAUCAUACAUCAUUAACAGAGCACAAAGACACUUUUGAAUUCUUUUAUGAUGUUCAUGUUGGGGAAACUAAAGAAUUUCCAAUAACCCUUGUCCCUCUGAAAACAGGAAGCCUUCUUGUACCCCUCAUCCGAAUUGCUAGUCCCUCUCAAAAUAUGUUUUCUGAAACAGUUUAUCUUAACAAUGCCGAACAAGUUCUCGUCCGACCCCGAACACAAUCUGCGACAUUCUUUAUUGAACAGCAACAUCGAAUUCAUUCUCUUCAUUCAGCUACCGGAUUUGGUGCACCUGAACAUCAUAAUGAUUCGGGUCUAGAUGAGAUUAAUAUGGAUUGA